GGCGAAGAAGUCAUGUUUACGGAAGUUACGACUGACGCGGCUUGUCAUUUUGUGUUGUCCAUGUGAACUUUAUUUUAACGUUGAAUUAUAAUACGUUUGAUGUAUGGAAUUCAAUACAGAGCACCUGUCAAGUAUAGCUUAGCUGUAUGUGUGCAAAGUGUUAAGAAAGUAACGUUAAAUAAUGCAGACCGAUAGCGUUGAAGUACAUUGUCCGAAUGACUUGUCACCUGCGACUGAUACUAAGAUUAAUGUUCUUGUAUGUGUUACUGGCAGUGUCGCGGCACUUAAAUUACCCUUAUUGGUGGGUCAGCUUCUUCAGAUUCCCGGGGUGGAGGUGCGUGUGGUCACCACAGAGCAUGGCUGUCAUUUCUACGACAUGGCUGAGAUACCUGUCCGAGUGUACACCGAUAAAGACGAGUGGGAGAUGUGGACAAAGCGCUCUGACCCCGUGCUGCAUAUCGAGCUCCGACGCUGGGCACACCUGCUGCUCAUCGCCCCCCUGGACGCCAACACCCUGGGCAAGAUCGCCAGCGGCAUUUGUGAUAACCUCCUGACAUGCAUUGUGCGAGCGUGGGAUCUACGUCGGCCGCUGCUUUUCUGUCCAGCCAUGAACACGGCCAUGUGGAACCACCCCAUCACUGCACGACAGAUCAGCACGCUCACCGACUUUGGCUAUGUGGAAAUCCCCUGCAUCGCCAAGAAGCUGGUGUGCGGAGAUGAAGGAAAAGGAGCCAUGGCAGAAGUGAUGACGAUCGUGGAAACUGUCAAAAAGUACCUUCCCAGUGACCCCACCAUGUCAUAGCACAGCACAGCACAUAGAUGUUACAACUGCUGUGAGACCUUUUUGAUUUUUUAUUAUCUAAUGAAUGUCGACACCGAUGUUUGUCAGUCAGAUGGUGUGCCAAUUUGUACAUGUAAAGUGUUGUACAGCUGCAUUGCUCUGCACUGAUCGAUUUCUGUACGGUCAUGACAACUCUGUCUGAGUCUGAUUGAAUCAAUUUUAAGUCUCUGCUCUGUCAUACAGUGUUUUUGUCACCUGAUUCAGCUUUCAUAUCAUUGAAAUUAUAAAAUAUACUGUAUGUGUGUUUUGGAUCGCUGUUUGUAACAAACAGCUACCUGAACCAUACACUUUAAAAGAGAUAAAUAAGUCUAUGGACAAAUAGACCUUUUUAUUUAUUUAUUAAUUUAUUUUACUCUAACCCAAGCCUGUGAGCCUCAAAUGUAAGGCAAUCUGUCAUUCUAGGUAAACAAUAAAUCUUUUUUGAGUA